AACCACCGUCCUCCGCCGCUGAAUGACUGUCAAAUAUCCCGUUCUUCACGUUAACUCGGCAAUGUCUCAUUAGUAGUCGUAGAGUAUACGGAGAUCGCUGUUACAUACACAAGAAAAUGGGUUGUUGUGUCAGCAGUGAAGCUUCUUCAAUUUCGAAGAAAGACGAGCUCGUGAAAGUGGGAUCUAAUGAGUCGUCAAAGUUGAAAGCUUUCAGUCACGAGAGUAGAGCGCCUCCACCGUCAGUGGAAGAAGAAACCGUGAAAGAAGUUCUCUCCGAAAUCCCUAAAACCACUGUCAAACCGAAACCCGACCCCAAUUUCACCACCAACAUUAAACAAGAAGUACAAGAAAACAACUUUCUCAAUCAGAUUCAGAAGCCAGCGGUCUUCACCAAGAUCCAAGAAAAUCACCAGCUCCAGCAACAGCUGAACAAGAACGUGGCCAAGAAAGAAGAGUUGAAGAAUGUGAACGAGGAGAAUAUGUCUGAAGUGUCUGAAGUUUGUAGCCUGAGCUUCAGCGAGACUGUGUCGACGACAACGAAUAUCACUGAUAGAAGAGACAAUGAAGAAGACCAAGAAGUGAUGCAACAACACAGAAUGAGGAACAGUAGAUCUCCAGCUAAGUUGCCACCGCAAAGGAAGCGAGAUUUCGGGGUCAGGAAAGACCGGGUUGUGGCUCAGUCACCCACCCGAAGAUUCGAGCAUUCACCGGGUAAAAGAAAGCCGCCCGGGUCAGUGAGGCUGGUCCAGAGUAGCAGAGAAGAACCGGGUCGGGUUCUGAAUCAAUCACUAGGAAGAGGAAGGAGAGACCCGGGUGAAAGCUCCGGAAGGAGGUCCAGAUCACCGGCUUCAACUAGAUCUGCAGCAAUGGGUCGGAGCCCAUCUGCAAGAAGAACAAACCAGUCUCCGGGUCGGUCGAAGAAUGAAUCGGGUCAAAAUGGUAGCAAUAAUAAUAGUAGACAAACUGAAAGCCCUAGUAAAAUGGAGAACAGGUGGCCGAGUAAUAAUAAUAAUAAUAAUAAUUCAAGUACGAAUGAGUCACUUGAAAACCCACUUGUCUCCCUAGAAUGCUUCAUUUUUCUGUAAAGAUAUGAUGAAUUUAAUAAA